UAAUUAAGUGCUAUAAUGUGUUAUCUUUCAGUUCAUGUACAUGAGUUGUUCCUAUUGUUGGUCUUCAGACACAAUGAAUCUGUUUGUUCUGCAUUAAAGUUUGGCAUGGACAACAAUAUGGUAAGGAAGAGAAGAACGGACCUCCCCGGCACUCGGGAGAUGUCGGAAACACAAGAGCAAACUGGAAGUGGUGGGCGUGGACCUCAGCAUCCUCCUGAAAGAGCCCCAGUCCAUCAUCAACAGGGACGUGGUGGAGGACGAGGUUCGGGUCCUUUCCAACCCCAACAGUCACAGUAUGGAGGUCGUGGCGGAGGAUACUAUCAUGGUCGCGGUGGCGGCCCACAACAUCGUGGAGGGAUGUCCACACAGUACCAUGGAGCCCCAACUUCUGAAUACCAGGGUCAUGGAGGGCCUCAACAUCCUGAAUAUCAGGGCCAUGGAGGGCCACCAUAUCCUCAAUACCAGGGCCGUGGAGGGCCACAGCCGAGAGGUGGUAUGCCACAGCAGCAGUUUUAUGGUGGGCAAAGGGGUAACGGGGCUGGCCUCUCUGCUGCUGGCCCGUCGAGGCCGCCGGCACCCGAGCUGCACCAAGCUAUAGAGGGUCCAGCUUACCAGCCUGUCCAGUCAUCUGUAUCACAACCUAGCUCAUCUUCAAGAACACAGGAGAUGGAUGUUGCUCGAGUAACGCAACAAGUUGAACAACUUUCUGUUCAUCAUGAAGCUGGAACAAGCCAGGCCAUUCAGCCAGUUGCGUCUAGCAAAUCCAUGAGAUUUCCUUUGCGACCGGACAAGGGCAAGUUUGGUCAAAGGUGUGUGGUGAAGGCAAACCACUUCUUUGCUGAACUUCCUGAUAAAGAUCUUCACCAGUACGAUGUUUCAAUUACUCCUGAAGUUACUUCACGGGGUGUGAACCGAGCGGUUAUAGCAGAGCUAGUGAGGCUUUACCGUGAGACCCAUUUAGGAGGUCGUCUGCCAGCAUACGAUGGAAGGAAAAGCCUUUAUACUGCUGGACCAUUACCCUUUCCCUCCAAGGAAUUUCAAGUUACACUGACUGAUGAAGACGAUGGUACAGGAAAAGAGAGGAGGCAGAGGCCUUUUAAAAUUGUAAUAAAAUUUGCUUCCCGUGCUGAUCUCCAUCACCUAGCAAUGUUUCUAUCUGGGAGACAGGCUGAUGCUCCUCAGGAAGCUCUUCAAGUUCUUGAUAUCGUUCUGCGAGAGUUGCCUACUGCCAGGUAUUGCCCUGUUGGCCGGUCGUUUUACUCACCAGAUCUUGGAAGGCGGCAGCAACUUGGUGACGGGCUUGAGAGUUGGCGAGGUUUUUAUCAGAGUAUUCGCCCAACACAGAUGGGCCUUUCUUUAAAUAUUGAUAUGUCGUCAACUGCCUUCAUUGAGCCACUGCCAGUUAUCGAUUUUGUAACUCAGCUUCUGAACCGUGACACGUCACGACCGCUGUCUGAUUCUGACCGCGUCAAGAUUAAGAAGGCCCUUAGAGGCAUAAAGAUUGAGGUUACUCAUCGUGGAAACAUGAGAAGAAAGUAUCGUAUAUCUGGUUUAACCUCGCAAUCCACUAGGGAGCUGAGUUUUCCAGUUGAUGAAAGAGGGACAAUGAAGUCUGUGGUGCAGUAUUUCCACGAGACUUAUGGUUUUACUAUCCAACGCAUGAACUGGCCAUGCUUGCAAGUUGGCAAUCAGCAGCGGCCAAAUUAUCUGCCCAUGGAGGUUUGCAAGAUUGUGGAAGGUCAAAGGUACUCUAAGAGGUUGAAUGAGAAGCAGAUAACUGCUCUCCUUAAGGUCACUUGCCAACGUCCUCGGGAUCGCGAGCUUGAUAUUGUUGAGACAGUUCAUCAUAACGCAUACCAUCGAGAUCCUUAUGCACAAGAAUUUGGAAUUAAAAUCAGCAAUAAACUUGCACAAGUUGAGGCCCGGAUUUUGCCUGCACCUCGGCUUAAAUACCACGAUACUGGAAGGGAGAGAGAUUGCUUACCGAGAGUAGGACAAUGGAAUAUGAUGAACAAGAAAAUGGUGAAUGGUGGGAGAGUGAGCAGCUGGAUGUGUAUUAAUUUUGCUCGCAAUGUUGAAGAGAAUGUUGCUCGUGGGUUCUGCCAUGAACUAGCUCAAAUGUGCCAGAUUUCUGGAAUGCAAUUUUCUUUAGAGCCUGUGCUUCCCCCAUUAACUGCUCGUCCUGAUCAUGUUGAACGAGCUUUAAAAGCACGCUAUCAUGAAGCAAUGACCAUACUGCACCCCCAGAAGAAAGAACUGGAUCUGCUUGUUGUGAUAUUGCCCGACAACAAUGGAUCUCUUUAUGGGGAUCUAAAAAGGAUUUGUGAAACUGAGCUUGGGGUAGUAUCCCAAUGCUGUCUCACAAAGCACGUAUUUAGGAUGAGUAAGCAGUAUCUUGCAAAUGUUGCUCUUAAGAUAAAUGUAAAGGUUGGUGGAAGAAACACAGUUCUCGUUGAUGCUAUUUCUAGGCGCAUACCACUGGUUAGCGACAGGCCUACAAUUAUUUUUGGUGCAGAUGUUACUCAUCCUCAUCCUGGAGAAGAUUCCAGCCCUUCUAUUGCAGCAGUUGUUGCCUCUCAAGACUGGCCGGAGAUCACGAAGUAUGCAGGAUUGGUUUGUGCUCAGGCUCAUCGUGAGGAGAUGAUUCAGGAUCUUUAUAAGGAGUGGAAAGAUCCUCAGAGAGGACCUGUCUCUGGUGGGAUGAUAAAGGAACUUCUUAUUUCGUUCAAAAAAGCAACUGGAGAGAAGCCUCAAAGAAUUAUAUUUUACAGGGAUGGUGUUAGUGAAGGGCAAUUCUAUCAAGUCUUACUGCAUGAAGUUGAAGCUAUACGAAAGGCAUGUGCAUCUCUGGAGGUUAAUUAUCAGCCACCGAUAACCUUUGUAGUGGUUCAGAAACGUCACCACACCAGGCUGUUUGCUGAAAAUCAUUCAAACCAGCAUUCAGUCGAUAGGAGUGGAAACAUUUUGCCAGGAACUGUUGUCGAUACCAAGAUCUGCCAUCCUACCGAAUUUGACUUUUACUUGUGCAGUCAUGCUGGUAUCCAGGGCACAAGCCGUCCUGCUCACUACCAUGUUUUAUGGGAUGAGAACAAGUUCACUGCUGAUGGACUGCAGUCACUUACAAACAACUUAUGCUACACUUAUGCAAGAUGCACUCGUUCUGUAUCCAUUGGUAAGCUGCUUCAUUGCCAUCUUACUUUUUUUGUUGGGGUCUUUAAGAUGCGUUUGACAAUGGGAAAGUAAAUGGAAAGUGAAAGUGAAGAGGAGACCCUUCCUAUUUGCAAAACU